CAGGAAAAAGGAAUGCACUCAUUUGCUGCUCAUUUCUUUUCAAAAAUACAUUUGCUGUGGAAGGUUUGGCGUCAUGGCAGAGUCGGGUUUCCCAUUACCUCCAGAAGCCUUUUGUCCUCUCUGCGGGGACACGGUGAGAGAUCCGGUCACUAUUCCAUGCGGCGAUGUUUACUGCCUGGAAUGCAUCAAGAUCUACUGGGACCAGUACGACCACAUCGGUGUCUACCGUUGCCCAGAGUGCCGCGCCACAUUCACCCCGCGUCCUGUGUUGAGACGGAACCUGCCAGACGUCCAUAACGGGCGGCACCACCUUCCUGAGCUCACGCCGUUCCCCCACAUGCAGCGAGAGUCCUUCUGCGAUUUUUGCGUCGGCCGCCGCAGCAAGGCCGUCAAGUCGUGCCUGGUGUGUUUGGCCUACUACUGCGAGACGCACGUCAAGCCGCACUACGAGUCCUCCACCUUUAAGAGGCACAAGUUGGUGGAUGAGACGGGACACUUGGACAGGAAGAUCUGUCCCCAGCAUGAGAAAGGCCUGGAGCUGUUCUGUCGCUCUGAUCAGAUGUGCAUAUGUGUGCUGUGUACAGUUCGAGAGCACCGCAGCCACAACAUCACCUCGGCAGAAGAGGAACGGAAUGAAAAGCAAAAAGUGCUGGUUGUUACCCAGUCUGAAGUUCAGCACAUAAUUCAAGAGAGGCUGAAGGAGCUGCAGGAACUUCGCCACAAUGUGGACGUUCUCAAGAGCAAUGCCCAGCGGGCGCAAGCAGAGAGCGACAAAACAUUCCAUGAAAUGCUGCAGGCAGUGGAGCGCUGGAAGGCGGAAAUGAAUCAGAUGAUAAUGGCUAACAUGCAGGCCGCCAUGUCGCAAGCCGAAGGUUAUGUGGAGCGUUUGGAGCAGGAGAUUCAGGAGCUGCAGCGCCGAGACACAGAGCUGCGUCAGAUCCUGGAGACGGAGGAUAACAUUCACUUUUUACAGAAUUUCCCAACGCUGUGCGUCCCUCCGGAGGCCAUGGUGCCCAAAGUCCUCAUCAAUCCUCAGUUCUCCUUCAGUGAGAUGAGCAAAACUGCGACAGAUAUGAAGGAACAUCUGGACGACAUCUGCACCAAAGAACAGAGCAAGAUCUCCAAAACAGUUAGUGAAACUCCGAUUUACAUCCUGCUCCCAAGAAACGGAGACACACGGACAAAAGCUCCUGCUCGGAUGGAUUUUCAGGAACCAAAAACAAGAAGCGACUUCUUGAGAUACGCAUUUCAGAUGUCCUUUGAUCCAAACACGGCCUUCAAAGAACUUGUCCUGUCGGAUGGGAACCAUAAAGUCAGCCGCAAGAAGACCGCCCAGUUUUACCCGGAUCACCCGGAACGCUUUGACGGCUUCGCCCAAGUGCUCUGUAAAGAAGCCUUGAGUGGUUUUAGAUUCUACUGGGAGGCGGAGUGGAGCGGCGAGUUUUCCAUCGGAGUGGCCUACAGGAGCAUCAGUCGCAAAGGCAAGAAUUCCAACAGUCUGCUCGGCUACAACGACAAGUCCUGGAGUCUCCUCUGCUCCGAUUCAGGCUACUCAGCCUGGCACAACAAAGUCGACCGCGACCUUACUAACUCUCCUCGAGCCACACGUAUAGGCGUCUACCUGGACUACGCCGCCAAUUCUGUAGCUUUCUACUCAGUUUCAGAGAGCAUGGAGCUCAUUCAUAAGUUCAGAGCUCAGUUCACGGAGCCUUUGUUGGCAGGAUUUGGAGUGGGCUCCUCAGUCACCCUCUGUCAGCUCAAGACACCUGGCAAGCCCUACUGAAACUGAGGCACACAUUUAUUCAAUUUGUUAGAUUUAGAGGGGGAACAUUUGGCUUCCACUCAACUCCGCUCGAGCGUAAAGUCAUUCACUUUAAUAAAUGUGCAAUAUUCUAUUUUUCAAAAUUUCAUCGAUUUUUGCUAGCAAUGUUAGAAUGUACUUCAUAAAAUGUGUAGUUUUUCAGAGCCUUCUUUUGCAGAGGAUAACAGCUUUUGACAUAAACACCUUCAAUAAACUAAACUGAUACUUUAUGUUUUCUGCUGUGCUGGUCCUAUUCCAUGUUAUUCAAGGAGCCACACUUUAUUUCACUUCCAACCUGUUCAAUCUCACUGUUUGCACUUUGUCAGCUGCGCGCUUUAUAAUCACUUGAUCAUGAACGCAUUGUUAUCGUACUGAACAUGAUCAUCAUGUGUUUUCUGGAGGGUCAGUAGGGGGCGCACACCCCCUCAUACCUGCAUAAAGCAAUAUGGUGCAUUUAUUUUGAGUUCAAUAUUCUGUAGCAAAACACAAAACUGAGUGACAGAAAUGUACAAUACGAAUACUGUAAUACUGCAUGAAGUCUUGUGAAGUUUCGGUUCCGCAGCAUCCGAUGCAGAACCACCAGAUUCAGGAACAGUUUCGUUCCUGGUGCUGUCAGGCUGUUGAUACUGUUUAUUUGUUUCUUUGGUCAUAUGGCAAGUCAGUCUCUUCCACCACAUCCUCUGCUUUACUUAUGAUUAUAUUUAUGAAUUUGCACAGCUUUUCCAAAGCAUUUUGGCUGAUAGACAGACAAGAAACAGCUUUUUUGAUGUUUAUAAGUGACAGGGUGAUGUGAAGCUCAUACAGGUAGUUUCAAUAUAUUUGUUUCUGAUCUGAAAAAUCUACCAAGGUAACUGGAAAAGAUAAAUGAAAUGAUCACAAGGGGAAGAAAUAGCUGCACAUUUCUGUUUUUUGAGUUCAUGCAAAUGGGGAGCACUUUUCAAAUGAUGUUGUCUUUGUAAAACACAGCAGAUUUGUUUAUGUUUUUCUUGUCAUUGCAUUAUUCCAAGUGGAAAAAACUGCAGUCGCUGUUCAUUUGUUUGUUUCAGCUGGUCAAGAGAGCAGCGGGAGGAAAGCGACGGCAGCGCUCAGCAUCAGGUUUGGGUCACAAACUACAUGUCUUUAUUGUUGUUUAUGCUGGAUGUGUACCGAUAGUUUCAAGACCCCUUCAUGAAAAUGACAGAAUAUACAAGAAGAGCACCGUUAAGCUUCUUAGUCUACGCCAAUACGUCUACAUUCAGACUUGCAAGAAAUGUGAGGUUCAUCUGUCUAAAAUCUAUUUUUGAAUUUGACUGUAUUUUCUUACGAGAAUGAUGUAAUAAAAUGAAGUUGGCAAAUUCAAAUUUCUCUUCCUGGACACUGCUCAUUCAUGUGUUAUCAGAGGACACAAAAAAAAAAACAAUGGGGCUGAUGUACCUUUGUGUCCAUGUAUAUUGAAUUAUAAUGUAAUUCAGUGUCGCAGUUGGAUUUACAUAAGUCACACAGUGCUUCUCUUUUCCCUUGGCAGAUAAAAUGAAUACUUCAAGUGGAAUGAACAGUUCAGCGUCAACAGCGUUCAUGGAUCACUUUAUACCGAACUUCGCCUUCGGUCUCAUUUCCUCCAGUUUAUUCCUCGGCGUCCCACUGUACAGCUUCACGUUUUGGCAGCUCCUUAAAAACACCAGAGGGAACCCCAAUUCAGACAUCUUUUUUGCCAAUAUAAUUGUGGCCGAUUUGUUAUUUUCUUUGUCUUCCAUUUUCUACUUGGUAUAUUAUUUUCACUCUUUCCGGCCCUGGUUCCACGCAUACACAUUCUCAGUUGGACUGUUGUACACGGCACGUCCCGUCUUCCACUGCUGCGUCUGCGUGGACUGUUACGUCGGCGUCGUUCAUCCUGUGUUGUUCCUCCGAUUCCAGCCGCUGAGGUUCAGAGUGGCCUGCACCUUUGUUGGAUGGCUGAUCAGCUUAGCCUCCUGCUUCUAUUCCUGCAUCACCUUCUUCGAUGUUCAGAAUCUUAUGACCUAUUUCGGUGAAAACAUUGUCUUUUUUUGCAUAAUGCUCUUUUGCUGCCUGUCAGUUCUCCGCACCCUGUGUUGUAACGGACCAGGAGAGAACUUGGCAGAGCGACGGAAGAGGGACAAGGUGAAGCGGAAAGCCUUCAAAAUCAUUUUACUCCUCAUGAUCUCAAUGAGCAUCAAUUUUUCACUGUAUAUUUGUGUAAUUCCUCUGCUGUUCGUCAUGACAAAUGAUGAGUAUGUUUUAGCAACCGUUGUUACUGUUGCUGCUAGUAUACUCACUGGAUAUGUGCAUCCACUCGUCUACCUUCAUAAAUGUGGGAAGUUGACCUUUUUCAAAAUGUUCUGAAUUAGUUUCACCUUUCUGUCCGGUCCGAAUGUGCCACGUCGGUAAAAGGGUCAGUGAGGUGAAGUGAUGCUAAUUCAAUGCAAGUAAAGUGACAUGGCGCACACUCAUCGAUUCAUCAGGUGGUUCUUU